GAAAGCAAAUUUCAAGGUUAAGUUUUAACCUUUUAACUUAAAACUUCUAAAUAUAGGAAAACUUCAAUAAUUAUUUUAAAAUGACUACAACAAAUAAACUGACAGAAGAUGAAUUGUUUUGUGAUGUUGAAGACGAAUUCGACUUCUCUCCCUUAAACAUUAAUCCUUCAAGUAAUAUUGGCGAAGCUGAAAGCAGUACUAGUGACUAUGAUGAAGAUGAUGACGGUUUUGAUAACUUUUAUGAGGAUAGAAAUAAAGCAAGGAAAAACACUGGUGACUCUAAUGUUAACGUGCAGCAGUCUUCUAAUAAAAUGAAUUCCUAUCAACCAAAUGAACAACUAUUUCGAAAAUACUUGAAUAAAAUAAAUGUUGAAAAAUACGAAGGACCUUCGAAUUUACCACAAUCUGCAAAAAAUGUUUUAAUAGAAAAUCAAAAGCGGCUGGAAAAUGAACGAAUUAGAACUAAAGACAAGAAAGAUAGAGCUACGGCUGAACAGGUCAUGGAUCUUAGAACCCGAAUGAUUUUAUUUAAAUUACUGAACAGAAAUCUUAUCUCAGAAAUUAAUGGGUGCAUUUCCACUGGUAAAGAAGCUAACGUGUAUCACGCAACCUCUGAUAAAGGAGAAGAUUUUGCAAUUAAAGUAUAUAAAACAUCAAUAUUAAUAUUUAAAGAUCGUGAUAAAUAUGUUUCUGGAGAGUUUAGAUUCCGUCAUGGAUACUGCCGACAUAAUCCCCGAAAAAUGGUGAGAACAUGGGCAGAAAAAGAAAUGAGAAAUUUGAUACGUUUAUACAACAAUGGAGUAAAUGUUCCAAAACCCAUUUUAUUGAGAUCUCACGUCUUAAUAAUGGGUUUUAUAGGCAUAGAUGGUUGGCCUGCUCCUCUUUUAAAAGAUGCAAAUUUGGAGCAGUCAGAAUCUCGAGAAGUUUACCGAGAAAUUGUUAUUAUGAUGUGGAAAAUGUAUAAUAAGUGUCAUUUAGUCCAUGGAGAUUUAUCAGAAUUUAACAUUUUGUAUUUAAAUGGCCAAGUGUACAUAAUAGAUGUAUCUCAAUCCGUAGAACAUGAUCAUCCACAUGCCCUUGAACUACUUAGAAAAGACUGUACUAAUAUUACAGCCUUCUUCAGGAAACAAGAAGUUGCAGUUAUGACCAUCAAACAACUUUUUGAUUUCAUUACAGACCCCUCAAUUAAUGAAAGAAAUAUGGAAGAAUGUUUAGAAAAACUAGCAGAAAUAGCAGCUAAAAGAACUUUAGAAGAAAUAUCAGCACAAGAACAGGUUGAAGAGGAAGUAUUUAAGAAUGCUUAUAUUCCUAAGCGUUUAAUUGAAGUUGUGGAUUAUGAGCGGGAUAUAAACAAAGCAAAGGCAGGGGAAUCAGUUGAAUUAGUUUAUAAAACAUUGAUAGGUUUAAAGGCUGACCUUAGUGGAACAGUAGAAAAACCACAAAUUUUGGAUGAAAUGAAAAAUGAAGAAGAAAUAGAAGAAAGUAAUGAAGAAUCAAAUGGGUCGGAAAGCUCAGAUUCUGAAGACAGUAGGAGUAAAUUUAUUAAUAGCGCGCGUCCCAAAAAUGAAACUUUAGAAGAAAAAAAAGCUCGCAAGAAGAAUAUGAAAGAAGAAAAAGCUAAAAAGAGAGAAACCAAAAUUAAAAAGCAUGUCAAAAAAAGAAAAGAAAAAAUCAGCAAAAAGAAGUAAAAGAAGGAAUUGUUAUGUUGUUUUUUAACUUUGUUUUGUUUAUGCCUAAAUACNCAAA